GACAACUUGGGUCAACUUGCUUUCAUCGUUUUGCAGAAGAGAUCAAAGACGGCAUACGCUCAUCUUACUCCAUAAAUCUCCCACUUUCCACUCCGUGCCCCGCUUCCACUUUAACUAUCCGGCGAAUGUCAAAUUUGUAAACUGUGGAUCAGUAGCAUCAUGGGACGAGAGAGUGCCGCACAAAGCUUUGUUAAGAGGGCGUUCUCAGGCAAGAAAGGUGGACCAGAUAAAUCUGGGGGGCCCCAAGCUUCUGAGAAGCCAUCCCUUAUGUUUGCGGCAGGGCCGCAAGAAGCCGAUGUGCUAACGGAAUUUCUCGAACUGCAGAAAGGUGUGGGGUAUUUUGCUCAGCCAGCCUCCAGCGUAGUUCCUAUUCUUAAUGGCCAUGAGGAGGUGUUUGUCAAAGUUGAUCUUCUCGGCGUUCACAUUAGUGAGAACGAAAGCAAGGGUUCAUUGAUUGUAGAAUUUCCCAUCGAGGAAAUUAUCAAAUACUCCCACAAUCGAGGUAAACAAACCUUCUGCUUCUCGCACAUGGAUGCUGAUGGGCUCUUGCGGGAGUUCAAGUUCCGCUCCGAAAAGUAUUUUGAGAUAUUCGAGGCGAUGGGACGAGCAAUUGCGAUCAUCAUCAAAAUCAAGAACAAGCGACUCAACGAGCAUAAGGAUCCCAAUCGCGGGGCUGAGAAGCAGGAGGCAUCGUUGUCUUCACUACUCGAAGCUGACGAGGGAACGAAUGAGGAUGCUGCAAAGGGGCAGUACGAGACUUGGGCAGGCCGGAGAAGGUUGUCUCAUAGACCCGGCAUAGAUACUACGAUUGGACGCGGCAGUCGCCGGACGAGCAAAAGUCUGGAUCAGCUGACAAACCAAGACUCAGACCAAGAUAGCGGAGGAGAAGCUAGUGUGGCUCAAAAAGCCGUACUUGCCAAACUAUAUAUCGAGUCUCGGUACCAUUCGCGCGGCGAAAGUGGGGCGGCGGAUGCCGCACCAACCGAGCCGGCGGCUGAACAGCGCAAAUGGAAGAAUCAAGUGCGGUAUGAUUACGCCUCGAUAUCCCGAACAAAAGCGAAGUCAGAUCCUUCUUUGUUAGAUGAUGAACCUAGUAGUCGACGUGCGUCAGUAGCGUCGCAGAAGCCUGACAUUGUCGUCCGAGAUUCCGUCGCCAGCAUUCGCAGUCUUCAGUCUUUGGCAUCACAUUCCAAAACCUCAUCUGAACCGCUCCUUUCCUUGGCAACAAAAAAACAAGGGCGAUCGUCUGUCAUGGCACUUUUUGGUAGCAAGGUUGACACGAGUGGUGGGCGGCAAAGAGCGGAGACAGAACCGGUGGGCGAGACGUAUGGGGAUUCAAAUCAUAGACCGAGUGUCAAUGACAUUCCGGUAGAAGCGAACGGGAAGCCAGAGAAAUAUGGAUCUCUCACUGGAUUUACGUUGAAGAAAAUGGCCUCCAAGGUCAGCGUAAAGAAAAAGAAGCAGCAAUCCGCCGUCUCCCCUGCAGUCAAAGAUAGUGGUACAACCAGCCACGAAAGCCUAAAUGAGUCGCUACCAGCUGUUGUGAAAAGCUUGGACACAUCAGGAAAAGAAGUCUUGAUCAAGAAUUUGAGGCAGCACGGCUACGAAAUCACGGCAGGAACUGUGGAUGCCCUGGUGGAGGCACUGAUAGAUCAACCAGAGCCAGAUUUAUCCUACUUAAAUACGUUCCUGCUGACGUUUCGACAUUUUAUAUCGGCUGAUCAAUUCGUAAUAAAACUGACUGAGCAUUAUCAAAAGCAAAUGGAUAGAAUACAGUCAAUGGAGAACUCACAGGUUCCGUCAAACAUUAUGAAUCGGAUCGUCAGUUUGGUCAAGCGAUGGGUGGGCGAAUACUGCUACGAUUUCGUGGAACCGGAAACAAUGGCAGCUUUGAAUAAAUUCCUGGAACUCGUGAAAGCAAGCGAACACAGCUCGUACGCCAAACAAAUCCAAUCUCUGGUCCAGCACGAGCUCGAAAAUCUCGACUCGAAACAGCAGGAAAGUUCGUCACCUGAUUCAGCGGGCGAUGGGCAGAAACCUGACGAUCUCAAAGUUCUACUUCGCGACUUUGACCUUCUCUCCCAGUCCAGCAAAAAGAUUGCCCAGCAGCUCACUUUGGUCGAUUCGAAAAUGUUCCGAGCCAUCCGACCGGAGGAGUUUGCCGUUCUCUUAUGGGGUGGUGGUGCGAAAGACUGGCGCGCCCAGCGACUACAGGCGUACAUCGACCGAUUCAACCGCGUAGGCUACUGGGUUGGAACUGUCGUUCUUUCCUUUCCAGAACACCGAAAGCGGUCCGAAGCGUUAGAGACGUUCAUUAAGAUCGCAAAUAGGUGUAUGGAGCUACAAAAUUACAACACUGCCAUGGCCAUUCUAUCAGGAUUGAAUACGGGGCCCGUCUCACGCCUAAAGAAGACAUUUGCGGGCUUAUCGUCACGAACGACAUCCGCAUAUCAGGACCUAGAGUCCCGACUGUCUUACCGUGGCAACUACAAAACGUACCGCGAACUGGAGCACAUGUCCAAACCACCUCUCCUCCCAUUCUUUGGACUCAUCAUCAAAGAUCUGACAUUCUUAAAUGAUGGAAACCAGAAAGUCUUGUCAAAUGGACUCAUCAAUUUCGAAAAGCAACGGAUGAUAUACAAUGUCAUCAAUGCCAUUCGAGAGUACCAACGGUACAAGUUCUCUUUCAACCAAGAUGAGGACGUCCUUAUUCCAUCAACAUCUCCGUCGCAACUCCCCAUCACCCUGCACAGUUACUGCACACAUCCUCCCUGCCUUACCGAAGAGCAACUCAUGACCCUUUCUAAAAUCCUUGAACCUUCCGAUCGCGAUCGCGAGCGGCAAAAGAGCAUUACGGGUAGUAUAAGCAAAGGUAGCGGAAAGGCUUUUACGGGUUCCGCGAGUCGAUCGCCGUCAUCCGACGCGUUGAUGGACGUCAUACAAGGCACUCAUGCCAAACAGGCAAAGCUUCUGGCAGGAAGCGUGAACCCGGCACCCACUGAUUUUGUGGGCACACCAAUGCCUCAAUCAUCCCCCUUGCGCUCAGGGGAUCCGUUUGCAGCGUUCCAGUCUCCGUUAAAGCAUGAAAAGUCGUCCGAUGAUUUAACGUCUACUUCGGAUCAUGAGGGUACUGACACGGAGGUAGGAUGCCAAUCGCCGCCCUUGUUACGACUGCCAUCGGAUGUACGUGGAUUCUUGGGUACAAUGGAUGUUCCAGCACCUCUGAGUAGGACCCCGUCCCCGGCAAUUAGUGAGUCCGCAGGUCAUGGAAAGAGGGAAUCGAUAACAGAGCGAAGAAGCAGUAUUGUGGCGGGAGGAACUUUGCGGCGCAAAUUGUCGGAGGCGGGCUUGAGCGCAGUCUUGGGAUGGUGGAGGAAGGAAGAAGGGGAAAAUGGGUCUAGGGAAGGAGCAGAUCAGGGGGCAUAAUCCACGGAUUGUAUUCAUUGGAACUGCUACGUGUUCAAUUUCCGAAGUUUUUGUUUUUGUGGUAUUAUAUUUGUAUAGUUUUCAGAGUAGAUUUCAAUGAAAGUAACUCUCCGA